ACGGGCGGGCUCGGCUCUCCCGGGGAGCGGCCCGGGACUGCACCCGGACCGGCGCCUCCCCGCUCCGCGCUGCCCUCGGCCUCGCCCCGGGCCCGGGCGGAUGAGCCGCGCGCCCGGGGGACAUGGAAGCGCUGACGCUGUGGCUUCUCCCCUGGAUAUGCCAGUGCGUGUCGGUGCGGGCCGACUCCAUCAUCCACAUCGGUGCCAUCUUCGAGGAGAACGCGGCCAAGGACGACAGGGUGUUCCAGCUGGCCGUAUCAGACCUCAGCCUCAACGAUGACAUCCUGCAGAGCGAGAAGAUCACCUACUCCAUCAAGGUCAUCGAGGCCAACAACCCGUUCCAGGCCGUUCAGGAAGCCUGUGACCUCAUGACCCAGGGGAUUUUGGCCUUGGUCACGUCCACUGGCUGUGCGUCUGCCAACGCCCUGCAGUCACUCACAGAUGCGAUGCAUAUCCCACACCUCUUUGUCCAGCGCAACCCAGGGGGGUCUCCGCGCACUGCCUGCCACCUGAACCCCAGCCCUGACGGUGAGGCCUACACGCUGGCCUCCAGACCGCCCGUGCGCCUCAAUGACGUCAUGCUCAGGCUGGUGACAGAGCUGCGCUGGCAGAAGUUUGUCAUGUUCUACGACAGCGAGUAUGAUAUCCGUGGGCUCCAAAGCUUUCUGGAUCAGGCCUCGCGGCUGGGCCUUGACGUCUCUUUGCAAAAGGUGGACAAGAACAUUAGCCACGUGUUCACCAGUCUCUUCACCACGAUGAAGACAGAGGAGCUGAACCGCUAUCGGGACACACUACGCCGAGCCAUCCUUCUGCUCAGCCCACAGGGGGCCCACUCCUUCAUCAAUGAGGCCGUAGAGACCAAUCUGGCUUCCAAGGACAGCCACUGGGUCUUUGUGAAUGAGGAAAUCAGCGACCCAGAGAUCCUGGAUCUGGUGCACAGCGCCCUUGGCAGGAUGACUGUGGUCCGGCAGAUCUUCCCAUCUGCAAAGGACAACCAGAGAUGCAUGAGGAACAACCACCGCAUCUCCUCCCUGCUCUGUGACCCCCAGGAAGGCUACCUCCAGAUGCUGCAGAUCUCCAACCUCUACCUGUAUGACAGUGUCCUGAUGCUGGCCAAUGCCUUCCACCGGAAGCUGGAGGACCGGAAGUGGCAUAGCAUGGCGAGCCUGAACUGUAUACGCAAGUCCACCAAGCCAUGGAAUGGAGGAAGGUCCAUGCUGGACACGAUCAAAAAGGGCCACAUCACUGGCCUCACAGGGGUGAUGGAGUUUCGGGAGGACAGCUCGAAUCCCUACGUCCAGUUUGAAAUCCUCGGCACAACCUAUAGUGAGACCUUUGGCAAAGACAUGCGGAAGUUGGCGACGUGGGACUCAGAGAAAGGUCUGAAUGGCAGCCUGCAAGAGAGGCCCAUGGGCAGCCGCCUCCAAGGACUGACUCUCAAAGUGGUGACUGUCUUGGAAGAGCCUUUCGUGAUGGUGGCUGAGAACAUCCUUGGACAGCCCAAGCGCUACAAAGGGUUCUCCAUAGAUGUCCUGGAUGCAUUGGCCAAAGCUCUGGGCUUCAAAUAUGAGAUUUACCAAGCCCCCGAUGGCAGGUAUGGUCACCAGCUCCAUAACACCUCCUGGAACGGAAUGAUCGGGGAGCUCAUCAGCAAGAGAGCAGACUUGGCCAUCUCUGCCAUCACGAUCACCCCGGAGAGGGAGAGCGUUGUGGACUUCAGCAAGCGGUACAUGGACUAUUCAGUGGGGAUCCUAAUCAAGAAGCCCGAGGAGAAAAUCAGCAUCUUCUCUCUUUUUGCUCCAUUUGAUUUUGCUGUCUGGGCCUGCAUUGCAGCCGCCAUCCCUGUGGUGGGUGUGCUCAUCUUUGUGCUGAAUCGGAUACAGGCCGUGAGGGCUCAAAGUGCUGCCCAGCCCCGACCAUCCGCUUCGGCCACCUUGCACAGUGCCAUCUGGAUAGUCUACGGCGCCUUCGUACAGCAAGGUGGCGAAUCCUCAGUGAACUCCAUGGCCAUGCGCAUCGUGAUGGGCAGCUGGUGGCUCUUCACCCUCAUCGUGUGCUCCUCCUACACGGCGAAUCUUGCUGCAUUCCUCACCGUGUCCAGGAUGGACAACCCCAUAAGGACAUUCCAGGACCUCUCCAAACAAGUUGAUAUGUCUUACGGUACAGUCCGGGAUUCUGCUGUGUAUGAGUACUUCCGAGCCAAGGGCACCAACCCCCUGGAACAAGACAGCACAUUUGCUGAACUCUGGAGGACCAUCAGCAAGAACGGAGGGGCUGACAACUGUGUGUCCAGUCCUUCGGAAGGCAUCAGGAAGGCAAAGAAGGGGAACUACGCCUUUUUAUGGGAUGUGGCAGUGGUGGAGUACGCAGCCCUAACAGAUGAUGACUGCUCUGUGACUGUCAUUGGCAACAGCGUCAGCAGCAAGGGCUACGGGAUCGCCCUGCAGCACGGCAGCCCCUACAGGGACCUCUUCUCCCAGAGGAUCCUGGAGUUGCAGGACACUGGGGACCUGGACGUGCUCAAGCAAAAGUGGUGGCCUCAUAUGGGCCGCUGUGAUCUCACCAGCCACGCCAGUGCCCAGGCCGACGGCAAAUCCCUCAAGCUGCACAGCUUCGCUGGGGUCUUCUGCAUCCUGGCCAUCGGCCUCCUCCUGGCCUGCCUGGUGGCCGCCCUGGAGUUGUGGUGGAACAGCAACCGGUGCCACCAGGAGACCCCCAAAGAGGACAAAGAAGUGAAUUUGGAGCAGGUUCACCGGCGCAUGAACAGUCUAAUGGAUGAAGACAUUGCUCACAAGCAGAUUUCCCCAGCGUCCAUUGAGCUUUCGGCCCUGGAGAUGGGGGGCCUGGCUCCCAGCCAAGCCUUGGAGCCGACGCGAGAGUACCAGAACACACAGCUCUCGGUCAGCACUUUUCUGCCAGAGCAAAGCAGCCACGGCCCCAGCCGGACACUCUCGUCAGGGCCUAGCAGCAAUCUGCCGCUGCCCCUCAGCAGCUCGGCCACCAUGCCCUCCAUGCAGUGCAAACACAGGUCGCCCAAUGGGGGGCUAUUCCGCCAGAGCCCGGUGAAGACCCCCAUCCCCAUGUCCUUCCAGUCUGUGCCGGGAGGCGUCCUUCCAGAGGCCUUGGACACCUCCCAUGGCACCUCCAUCUGACCGCGCCGCCUGCCCUCCCGCCCGCCCAUCCACCCACCCGACCAGCAGAGCUUUUU